AUGGCCGGACGUUUCGAUCCUCGACCGGAGGAUAACCAAAUGCCGAUGCAUUUUUUCCGUGCAAUCCGACGUCGACGCAAUGCUCGAGCUGCUGAGCUGAACGCCGUUCAAGAACAAGCUCCAGCAGUUGCCGAUGAAGCUCCAGGAGCAGUUGAUGGCGCAGCUCCAGCAGAAGACAAUGCCAAGCCAGCCGAGGGCACUGACGGCACAGUUGCUGUGCCCGAUUGGCCACAUCGUUUUGAGUUCACGAUCGAAACAACUGCCUCGACUCCCGAGAUCCGUCAGGUUGACAUCGCGGGAUUGAAAUGGUAGGAAGAGUACAGUUAACGGUGAAAAGAAUUAUCAAUUUGAGGCAAGUCGUCGCAUGGAUCUACCAAAUCGAGCCGGGAAUCAAGGGAGUCCGUGUGAUGCUGAGCUGCCACGGAAUUUCAAAAAACGACGUGUAUGGCGUCAAAACCAGACUGUAUCAGGAUCUCCUACUGAGCAGAGAACCGGUUCAGACAACAUGUUAUCUGCACUUUGACCAUACGCACCGCACUUCUCUGCACCCGGACGUGUUCAUCUUCUCUGAUUCCAAGUAAUCAACAAAAUAGUUAUUCAAAGCACAAAUCAAUUUGUUAUCAGACGCGACUAUAAGCCGAUAAAUGUUGUAUUCGUGAUCGAUGAAGUCGAACCGGUCGCCCAAUUUGAUUGGCAUAAUCAGAGAUGGCCGAAAGGAACAAGUUGGGUGCGGUACGGUCUGACAUUCGGAGUUCUGAUGUAUGAGAGAGCAAUGACAGCUGCCAAUCCAGAAUUCGAUCAAAUCCGACGGGAUCUUGAGACAGAAGUCUGUUCUCAGGAGGAAAAGAAGGCGUUCUUUGAAUUCUCAAGCAUGUUCUUCAAUCGGUCGAGCGUGGGGACCGACCAGUUUCUGGUGAAUUUCCGAAACGGAAUCAAGUUCGGAUUCACCAACACCUGGGAGAAUUGGGACCGUCAGGACGCCUUGCUCGACUUCAAGACAAGGACCGCUCUUCCCUUCUACCAACACUUCAGCAUUCUCGUGAGUCACCAUCAAAAAGUGCUAAAAACUGAUUUCUUCUUUCCAGAGAAGUCCAAAGAAACUGAUUGAAGUCGUGGGGCACACGGUGUGCAAGGAGUUCCGCGCGGCUCUCGAUCCAUUGGAUUCGCUCUUCCGCGCUCAGGUUGUGGACAUGCCGAACGAUGUCUGUCCAAAGUGGUAAGGAACGGCAAGAAUACAAAGAAAAUUACUCAUUUUACAGUCAAGUAACGCUCUAUCUGGAGAAAACGCGGAGCGUCGAGGACGAGAAGGUUACGGACGAAACGGAGGAGCACGAGAAAUGGAUGCUUCUCGUUGGAUUCAUAUUUGAGCCGGAGGGCAAGAAUAGCUACCUGAUGACCUGUGAAGUCAAGCUGGAAGAUGAUCAAGCUGAGCUGAAAACGGUGAAAACUAAGCGUGUCAUUCACAAGAAGCAACGGACUGUUAAUAUUCUUAUUGACGUCAUUGACGAGGAACUUGUCGAGAAGAUCAAGAAGGAUUUGAUUAAAGUGACGGUCACAAUCGACGCGAAAAAGACGAAUGCACGGGACACGUACAAUUCUCUGGACAGAUCGGACCGUGAAAUGCCGGGACCUGUGGACACGUGGUUUGUGUGCGGCGAAGAAAAGGCUCGAAUCGGAGUGAACCGUAUGGUGAGUUGUGCCGCCUCGCUCUCUUUCCUCUCAUAACAUACUUUUCAGUUCCUGAGCACACAUUCUCGUUUUCUGCGCAAAAUGUUCCACGACAAAAUGUGGCCUGAUCAUGCUAAGGAUGAGUUCAACUUCUUCGAGGACAUCAGCAUCGUCUGGAAAUCGCUUUGCGUGAUAUGGCACCACAGUCAGGCUCUCAAUGGGACAGACCAAAAGUGCUUUGAGCUGAUGCAUAUGUGGAACAGCGACAGAGCCCAACAUUAUCUGGAUAUGAUGGUGCUCACAACAGCGUAUAUUGAGAGUUCGGACAAAAUUGACUUUGCGUACGCGUACAACUUGAACAUGACUAAGGUUAACAACGUUUUAGCGUGUGCUUUAUCAGUUUACCGUAUUAUUUCAGUACGUCUUGCGCCACCCCAACUACGCCAGCAACUAUCGAAUCAACAUCAACAACACUUUAGCCGAGAAGUUGAAGGAUCCUGUAUACCACGAGCUCGACAAACAUCGAAAAACACACGAGAAACCUGACUACAGUGGAGAUAAGAAAGCCCAAGAGGCUGUUUUCUUGGAACGCCAAAACAGGGCGAAGCGUGCACGCUUGGAACCUGAAUCGGAUCAAUCGGAAUCUGAGAGCGAUGGAGUCAUCAGUGACAAACGCAAGAGAAGUGCUCCACGGCGAUCUGCUUCAAGACCAUCUACGUCUGGACCGUCGACUUUUCCACCACCGGUACGUAUCUCUGAAUUGAAAUUCUCAACAAUUUUCCCUUUACAGCUUAUUCCAUUUUCUGUCGGAAUGUGGAACCUCGCCUCAGGGACUGCCGGAAGGUGGAAUCUCUCCUCACUGUCGCAGCCUGGACCAUCAACUUCUGGACAGUCGCAGCAUGGACCAUCAACUUCUGGACAGUCGCAGCCUGGACCAUCAACUUCUGGACAGUCGCAGCAUGGACCAUCAACUUCUGGACAGUCGCAGCCUGAACCAUCAACUUCUGGACAGUCGCAGCCUGAACCAUCAACUUCUGGACAGUCGCAGCCUGGACCAUUCGGAUUUAUUCACAAACGAAGACAUGAUUAG